AUAAGCUGCUCGUUUUAUGUGCUUCACAUCAGUUGAUACUGAAGUGAGAUCAGUGUAAAUAUAUUUUAAAGUAACCGUAUACUAAGAAAAGAUGCCCCCAAACGUAUCCGAAGAUUACCUCAUAACUGAACGCAACAGAGAGCUCCCAAAGUUGGUAGCCCCCCAGGCCGACGACUGGAAGUUCCAGCUUUCAUACUCGACAGUAGUUUUCUUCGGCUACUUUUAUUUGGCGGCGUUAUAUGGGCUGUAUCUAUGCUUUACUUCGGCCCAUUGGGCUACAAUUAUUUUUGCUGCGGUCCUUCUGGAAGUCGGUCAAAUUGGGGUCUUAGCCGGCGCCCACCGUCUCUGGUCCCACAAGAGCUACGAAGCCAAGCUGCCCCUCCAGAUCCUCCUGAUCAUCUUCCAGUCUGUCUCCAGCCAGUGGACAGCCUUCAAUUGGGUCAAGGAACACCGGAUCCAUCAUGAGUUCAGUGAUACCGAUGCUGAUCCUUACAACUCCACAAGAGGACUCUUCUUCUCUCAUGUUGGAUGGAUGUUGGUGAAUAAGCAUCCGGAACUCAAGAAACGGAGGGCGUGUAUCGACAUGUCGGACAUGAGGAGGAAUCCGGUCGUCUCUUUUCAAUACAAAUACGGGUUUGCCUUUAUAGCCACAUUCGCAUACAUCAUCCCCACUCUAAUCCCGAUGUACCUGUGGGGUGAGACCUUGAUGAACGCCUACUUCGUCAAUAUCCUCCGUACCAUCAUCUGCCAGAACUGCACGUCUCUCGUCAACAGUUUCGCACAUGCCUACGGGAACAAACCUUAUGACAAGAAUCUCACCGCUAGUGAGAACAUGCUCGCACACUUCGGUACCCUUGGCGAAGGAUUCCACAAUUACCACCACGUCUUCCCUUGGGAUUAUAGGUCUUCUGAAUUAGGUAGCAGCUUCAAUCUCCCGGCUGCUUUUAUAGAGUUUUUCGCGAAGAUCGGAUGGGCUUAUAACUUAAAGACGGCAGAGUAUAGCGCGGUAGCUAAGAGAGCAAAACGGUGUGGGGAUGGUACUUUUAAAGAAGUAGACUUAAAAAAUGAGGAGUGUAAGAGUGAAUAAGUAAUUAGGGUAUUUGGGGUUACUUUUCAAUGGUAGGUUGUAAUGUGUACUAUUUAUAAUUGUUACUUUUUAACCUCAAUGUUUUAAUGAGGGGGAACACUGCCAGUCGCCACGGUAUGUACUUUUCUUUUUGAACCCCUGACGCAAAAACGACGGAGUGUUAUAAGUUUGACGUGUCUGUCUGUCUGUCUUUUUAUCCGUCUGUCUGUCUAUGUGUGUGUCUGUCUGUGGCACCGUAGCUCCCGAACGGAUGAAC